ACGCAGGCUCACACCCCUCUCCGGGGCUCUGGACCUGCCCUGGCUCGCUCCCUCCGGCCCGCCAUCCCUAUCCCUGGCCGAGGCACCUGUUCGCGGUGGCGCAGAGCGCGCGGCCCGGGCAGCGCGGAGAGCGGGAGCGGAGCGGGUCCCAGGAGUCGGGCUCCUCAGCGCACCUGGUGGUGAGCAUCGCCGGAGGGGAGAAGGCGAGGAGAGGCCCAGGAAUAAUGGAGUCCAAAGAUCAAGAAGUAAAAAAUCUCAACAUGGAAAAUGACCAUCAGGAGAAGGAGGAGAAGGAAGAAAAGCCACAAGAGGCUAACAAAAGGGAGCCGCCCGUGGCCCUGCCUUUGGAAACAGGCGAAUACCGCAUGCCUAGAGGAAGUCGCAGACGCCGAGUCAGGCCGCCCAUUGCCCACUAUAGAUGGGACCUGCUGUAUAGGGUUGGAGAGCCCCAGGCAAGGGUGAGACAGGAGAACGUGGAGAGGUUUGGGGAGGAUGUGAGGCAGCUCAUGGAGAAGUUGAGGGAAAGGCAGCUGAGCCAUAGUCUGAGGGCCGUUAGCACUGACCCCCCUCACCACGACCACCACGAUGAGUUUUGCCUUAUGCCCUGAAUCCUGAAGUUCUCUCUGAAGAGAAUAUGGGGACCCCUGCUUCUAAAACGUACAUGUUUGUGAUGCACUGUUGUAAAAACUUUGAGGUUA